UCAACAGUAGACGGGAGACGGACAUGGAGCAGCAGAAGGGUCUGGCUGGCCUCAUCCUGACUGUCUUUCUCCUUCAAGGUACUAUGGCCCAGAUAAAAAAAGAAAAUCUUAUAAUAGAAGUGGAUGACAAUCGAGAUGAUGGCUCAGUGCUUCUGACUUGUAAAUUGCCAGACAAAAAUAUCAAGUGGUUAAAAGAUGGGCAGGAAAUGAACUUCCGAAAUAUAAGUGAAAAUAAGUGGAACCUGGGAAGUAGUACCAAAGACCCUCAAGGGAUAUAUUUGUGUAAAGGAGCAACGAAAAGUUCGGAAUCACUCCAGGUGUACUACAGAAUGUGUCAGAACUGCAUUGAGCUAAAUGCAGCCACUGUUUCCGGCUUUGUCUUCGCUGAACUCAUCAGCAUUUUCUUCCUUGCUGUUGGAGUCUACUUCAUUGCAGGACAAGAUGGAGUUCGCCAGUCAAGGGCUUCAGAUAAGCAGACUCUGUUGCCCAAUGACCAGCUCUACCAGCCCCUCAAGGAUCGGGAAGAUGACCAGUACAGCCAUCUUCAAGGAAACAACUUGAGGAAGCACUGAGCUCCGGACAUGGCAGCUCUCUGCUAUGACCUGAGAAAGCAGUAGAAGAUGGCCCAAAUCCUUGGGCCCCUGCACCCACAUGGGAGACCCAGAAGAAGCUCCUGGCUCCUGACUUUGGAUCAGCUCAGCUCUAGCCA